GGUUGUUAUCUAACUACCUCGCUGACCCUCUUCAUAGGCUCAUUUCGUCACACACCAAUCCACUUCCUACUGCUGCUGGGCUGGUGAAUGAGAGAAAACCUUCGUAUUACACAUCCACGGAGGAGAGAACACCCGACUGAGUUCCUGCUUAGCUACUUCAUCUGAUAGUCCUGGCUGAAGCUCUCUUAAUGCACCCGUGGGCUGAACCUGACGAGCCAGUUGGUUUGGAUUAAAGUUACAGCAAUUAUCGUGUGAUCUCGUAGAUAUCGCGACAAUCCAGCUGCCCUGCAAGGUAAGUAGCUAGUUAACGUUAGCAAAACACAGCUGUAACAACAUCCACAACUCAUUACCAUGGGCACGCCACUUCACAGCGUAAUGGCAUGCUGGUGAAGCCGUUGCCGUUUCCUUGGAUACCAGCACUAGCUUGUUAGCCUGCUAGCUAACGUCCAUUUAACCUGCUGACCCCGGCUGUUAGCUUAGCUUAGCUAGCUAGCAUAUGUUAAAGCCAGCUAACGACAGGCUCCGGUAACUGCUAUUUAGGAAGUAAGUUCCAUGCUUGUUAUUAUUGUGUAGGAAAACUAGAGUGAUAAGUGAAUGAAGCUUUGAAGUUUUUGGGGCUUUCUUUCUAUUUGUACCGAAAAAGAUGUGACGUUUUGGGGCUUUAAUCCACAGAAACACAGUGACAUCUGGUGGUUUGCAAAACGUACAGCAGCCCUUCAAGACGGGCCGAACCGCCGAAGCGCAACACCUCUGUGAUGCAAAGCAGAGAAAGGGGAGCCAAAACCCGAUGAUUGUGCUCCAGCGGUCCUGUAGAGGCUUAAUACACUCUCACCUGUAUGUCCACCUGAAACGGCAGCGGGGCAGCCAAAACAUGGCGAGACCCAGUUCAGACCUGGCAGCAUUCAGGGAGAUUUUCUCCAAGGCGAAGAAUAUAGCCAUCGUCACUGGAGCAGGGGUGAGUGCAGAGAGCGGAGUCCCAACCUUCAGAGGAGCAGGAGGCUACUGGAGACAAUGGCAAGCACAGCAACUUGCCACCCCAGAGGCCUUCUCCAGGAAUCCCUCCCGUGUUUGGGAGUUUUACCAUUACCGCCGCGAGGUCAUGCUCACAAAAAAUCCCAACCCCGCCCACCUGGCCAUCGCAGAGUGUGAGGAGCGACUGAGCAAACAGGGGCGUCAGGUUACAGUCAUCACUCAAAAUAUCGACGAGCUCCACCGCCCCGGAUCCAAAAACAUGCUGGAAAUUCACGGAAGUCUGUUUAAAACCCGCUGUAUGAGCUGUGGUCAUGAAGCAGCCAAUUACAAGAGCCCCAUCUGUGACGCUCUGGAGGGCAAAGGAGCUCCAGACCCAGACACAAAUGACGCCCAGAUCCCUGUUCUGCAGCUGCCCAGGUGUGAGCAGAAAAGCUGUCACGGUCUCCUGAGACCAGCUGUGGUUUGGUUUGGAGAGAGUCUGGACUCAGACAUCCUCACCCAGGCAGAGAACGUGUUGGACAGCUGUGACCUCUGCCUCGUGGUUGGCACUUCGUCCAUUGUGUAUCCAGCGGCCAUGUUUGCUCCUCAGGUGGCAGCCAGAGGUGUCCCUGUGGCCGAAUUCAACAUGGAGGACACACCGGCCACCAUGCGCUUCAAGUUCCACUUCCACGGCCCCUGUGGGACCACGUUACCCCCCGCGCUGGGACGCCACGAGACCGAACCGGAAUGAGUCCUGGACGUCAGCUGCACACAGACCAUGACUGUCCAACACUGGAGAUCUUUAUUGGUACAAAUACCAAAAAUAAAAAAAGUGUGGAGACUGUGUUCAUGAAAAAUAAGGCCAACAAAUUCAAAGACGAAAGGGGAAACUGUCUGUUCAAGAUUUCACACAGAUAAAAUAUACAAUGAUAAGGAAGUUGACCAUAUUUUAUUUAUUUAUUUUAAUUGUAAACAUUUAAUUUCAAGUGAAUGCAUUUUGUCUUUGUGGCUUCUAUCUUAAAUAGUUUCUUUUCUUCCUUAGGUGAAAUUGAUUGAUUGAACUGAUUUAUUUUCUGCUAAGGAAAUUCAAAUUUUGAGCAUAUCAGACACUUAAUUUCCUGCAUUCUGGUGAAUUAUUCUGCAACAAUUUGUGCCUUUUCUGCAUCAAGUUUUGUUUCAAAUGUCUAUAUUUAUGUAAAGGAAAUUAUAAUAGGUUUUUAGGGUGGUUGCACUGGCCAGUUUUGAUUAUUGAGGGGGUUGUAACAUGCUGUUUAUGAAAGGCAAUGUUGAAAAAGGCAGUGACACAAAUAAAUAGCAUUGAGUAUGGAUUAAAUAUGAUCACAAGUAGGGCAACUUUAUCACUCCUUUUGCGUUGAAUGGAUACUGAAUGUCAGACAGUAGGGGGCAGUGUUAAGCUACAGCUGCAUCAGCGACUACACCUCCAGGAGAAAAAAACGCCCCCUUCCAAAGGAUCUGUGGGCUCUGCCUGGGAUAUGUGGUGUUGAAUGUAUGGACCGUGAUGAAUAUGUGCAUGAUGCCUUCCAGUGGUGAGUAAGCUCCAGUUAAACCAGGGAAACCAGUGACUGUGCGUUCCCUGAGCCAGUCAUGAAGAGAUGUAUGUUAACGUUUGGACAUAAUUGAAACAGUAUGUUCAUUUGAAAUGAAUAAAUGUAUACUCUUAUAAACUGAA